GACUCUGGGGCAGGUGGGGGCUUGGGGAAGGAGGUGAGGGCCGGCCCAGGCUCCCUGCUCUGUCCAGGGCAUCCAGGGACACGGCUCAGCCCUUAUCCCUGCCAGAGCAUCCCCCGGGUAAGGGGUUGGUGCUGUUGAAAUGCUGGAGGCUGGGUGCCCCCGUACCCAGUGCCCUGCCCUCCCUCUGCCCUGGUGACACCCCCAGGGCAGUGGCUCCGUGUGCUGCCCCUCCCCAGUGCAGGGGUUUGGGGUUGGGAAGCACUGGGGCAGCUGAGAGCUUUGCUCCUCUCCAUGUCCUCGUAAGGGCUCUGUGUCUGUCACCCCCAAAUUGCCGCCAUGGGCUCCCAUCCACACCGGCCUGCACAAGGGAGCAAGGGUCAGUGGGUCCCCUUGACAGGGACAUCACGAGGCUGUGGCAGGCAGUGACAUGGAGCCUGUGGUGCCAGGACACCCCUGACCACAGCCUGCCCCCUCAGGCGUGACAGGGACCCGGGGCUGGCAGGGACAGCAGUGCCUGGCACCAUCUUCCCGCGCUGGCUCACAUCCCCUGAUGGUACCCAGGGGCAGGAGCUGGGGCUCUCCAGCCCAGGGACAGCCCCAGUGCAGGGACGUGCUGUGCCACGUGCCCGGCUGGCACAGGAGGAGCGGCUGGGCUGCAGCUCUGCACUGCACCGCUGCCACCCCAAAGCCACCCCAAAGCCACCCUGUCCCCGUCCCUGUGGGUGUCACAGCCCCAGGAUGGGCAGCACCUGGGGGUCUGUGCUGUGCUCCCCAAGCUGGAGCCAACCCAACACCAGGGCUCAGGGCUGAGCUCUUGCUGGCCAGAUCUGGGUCACGCCGUGUCCCCUGGGGUGGCUCCAGUGCCGUGUCCCCAACUGGGGACCCUCAUCCUGCCCAGGGCUGGGGCAGGGCUGCAGCUGGGGAGCCCCGCUGAGCCUGCUGCCCCCGCCCCCAGCUGGGGGGUGAUUGCCUUAAUUAGAGCAGUUUCAUUAGUGCAAUUAAAAAGCAGCAGUCGCCUGGAGAGCAUUGGAGCGACACAUUGGCUCCCAGGGAGCUGGGGGGCUGUUUUCCUCCUGUGGUGGGGGCAGACUGGGGGGUCCCCCUACCUGGUGAGUCCCUGGGGAUGAGGGACAUGGGAAUGCACAGCCUGGGCAGGGACAGGAACAUCCCUGGGGCAGCAGCAAUGCAGGACAUGCCCAGAGCAAGGCAGGCUGACAUCGAGCAGCUGGACCCCCGAGGACGCACUCCCCUGCACCUGGCCACCACGCUGGGCCACCUGGAGUGUGCCAGGGUGCUGCUGAAGCAUGGCGCCGACGUGGGCAAGGAGAACCGCAGCGGAUGGACAGUCCUGCAGGAGGCUGUGAGCACCCGUGACCUGGAGCUGGUGCAGCUGGUGCUGCGCUACCGCGACUACCAGAGAGCCAUCAAGCGCCUGGCGGGGAUCCCGGUGCUGCUGGAGAAGCUGCGCAAGGCCCAGGACUUCUACGUGGAGAUGAAGUGGGAGUUCACCAGCUGGGUGCCCCUGGUGUCCAAGAUCUGCCCCAGCGACACCUACAAGGUGUGGAAGAGUGGCCAGAACCUGCGGGUGGACACCACGCUGCUGGGCUUCGACCACAUGACCUGGCAGCGGGGCAACCGCAGCUUCGUCUUUCGGGGACAAGACAGCAGUGCGGUGGUGAUGGAGAUUGACCACGACAGGCGGGUGGUCUACUCGGAGACGCUGGCCCUGGCCGGCCACGACCAGGAGGUGCUGCUGGCUGCUGUGCAGCCCACCGAGGAGCAGGUGAUGGGGCGGCUCACGGCCCCCGUCGUCACCACCCAGCUCGACACCAAGAACAUCGCCUUCGAGAGGAACAAAUCCGGGAUCCUGGGCUGGAGGAGCGAGAAGACGGAAAUGGUGAAUGGGUAUGAGGCGAAGGUCUACGGCGCUUCCAACGUGGAGCUGAUCACACGGACACGGACCGAGCACCUCUCAGACCAGCACAAGGGCAAGAGCAAAGGCUGUAAGACCCCCCUGCAAUCCUUCCUGGGCAUCGCUGAGCAGCACGUGGGGCCCAACAAUGGGACGCUGAUCACGCAGACACUGAGCCACGCCAACCCCACUGCCAUCACCCCCGAGGAGUACUUCAACCCCAACUUCGAGCUGGGCAACCGGGACAUGGGGCGGCCCAUGGAGCUCACCACCAAGACACAGAAGUUCAAGGCGAAGCUGUGGCUGUGUGAGGACCACCCGCUGUCCCUGUGUGAGCAGGUUGCCCCCAUCAUCGACCUCAUGGCAAUAAGCAAUGCGCUCUUCGCCAAACUGCGGGACUUCAUCACCCUGCGCCUCCCGCCCGGCUUCCCCGUCAAGAUUGAAAUCCCCAUCUUCCAUAUCCUCAACGCCCGAAUAACCUUCGGCAACCUCAACGGUUGUGACGAGCCAGUGAGCUCCCUGCGGCACAGCCCCAGCAGCGAGGCACCCUCGCCCAGCAGCGACUCCUCCAGCGUCAGCAGCUCCAGCUCCCUCACCUCGUGCCGAGCGUGCGAGAUGGACCCGGCGCUCUUCGAGGUGCCGCGGGGGUACAGCGUGGUGGGCACCCACCAGGACGCCCUGCGGGAGGACGAGGAUGACCUGCUGCAGUUUGCCAUCCAGCAGAGCCUGCUGGAAGCGGGCAGCGAGUACGACCAGGUGACCAUUUGGGAAGCACUGACCAACAGCAAGCCGGGCACCCACCCCAUGUCGCACGAGGGCCGCCGGGGAGACAGGUUGGACUCCGCAGCACACGGCAGCCCCGCGUCCCCCCGCGGCCCCGGCGGCGGGGCCGGGCCGGGCGCCGGGCGCGCUGUUCCCCAGCUACGCGGAGCAGCUGCGCCUGGCCAUGGCGCUGUCGGCGCGGGAGCAGGAGGAAGCGGAGCGCCGGACGCGCCAGGAGGAGGAGGAUCUGCAGCGCAUCCUGCAGCUCUCGCUGACGGAGAAGUGACCCCGCAGCGCCGCUGAGCCCCCUCGUCCAUCCUAGUGGCGAUGGGGACGUGUCUGGGGACACAGAGGGGGGAGCGGUGUGGGGGAGCCAGUCCAAGAACUGCGGAGGGCGAAUGGGGAAUGGGGGAGCAGGAUUUGGCCCUGGGAGAGCGGCCCCAGAGCUGGGGCAAUAUUGGGGUGAGGUGGGGGCGCCCCACGGCAGCACAGGGGUGGGGUGGGUGUUAACCAGGACCAGGGAGGGGACCCCACGGACUGAACCCCUUCUCCAGGACACCCCUGCUGCCCCAGCUGCCCCACGGGGUGCUGCUCAGCCCCUCACCCCAGGGAGGGUGGUGGGGGGCACAUCCUGCCCUGGAUGGGUGGGCUGCCAGCUGUGUGGGGUCCCGGGGUGCCCCCAGAGCCAGGGGAUUCUGCCCAGCUCCCUGUUCCCCCCUGCCCAGGCGCUACCAAGUGCACUUACCCGGGAGCUGCUUUGCCUGCAGCAGGGGUGGGGGCUCAGCCCUAUUGCACCCCACAGCCAGCGAGGGGCUGCACAGCUGCCCCCAUGGCACGGGGACUGCUGGGGCAGCUGAAGGGGUGCCUGUGGAGGGCAGCCCGGUGUCACCCCCCCUUAGCCCUGCUCGCACCCCUCCACCCUGCUCGGAUGCCCCCCCUUGGCAGCGCUGCACCCCCUGGUCCCGGGCACUGACCCCGAGAGAAACCUUCUGUCAAAUGGUGCUAACCCCGGCCCCCUGCCCCGGCUGCUCCCCCUUUGCACACGGGGGGCCGGGGGCUGCGGGGUGGGGGGGGCUGGGCUCGCUCCCCUGGGACUUUUUCACAGCUGCUGCCCCCCCCUCCACCCCCCGUGCACCCCACAGCAACAUCUGGGCCAGGGCCGGGGGAGCCCGAGCAGCUCCGACCGCGGCCAACACCAAUAAAUGCUCUUUAAUGUU